UCAGGUAGUAAUGACUCCAGAAGAUGCUCAAGCAGCAUCCAGUCCUGAUCCCUCAAAUGGAGUGAGACCAGAGGAACAGGCAUUUAGUUUAAAUUUGAUCAACCAAGAUAUUUUUAUCCAUGAAGAAAUUCGCCGAAUUGAUACCGUCGUCGGAUUGAGCUGCACAAUGAGCAACUUGGAAAAGAAUUGCAGGGAUAGCCAGAGACUGGCCCGAUUCAUGAAGCCAAACAGUUUUGAGGAAGUUCCAAAAUUUGAAACUGUGGAUGAAUUUCAAGACUAUUUCAAGAUAUCGAUUUUGGAGAGAAGGGUCACAUUUGAUCAAUGUCUUUUCAUAAGCAAAAACUAUGCCGAAAAACGAGCUCAACUCGCUGAUAACAUUCAAAAUCUUACUGAUGAUUUGUGGUCCAAAGUUCCUGAGCUCAACAAACGACUGGACUAUGCGAAUUAUGUCAAUUUUCUGAUCACUUACACAGAGAUGUUUCAUUGGAUUGGCACUGUCAUGGAAACCGAAUAUCAGAACGGAAUUCAUUCGUUUAUUCCCUGCCAAUUGAUUGACAUCUUUCAUGACUACUUUGAAACAGUUCAAAAAGCUCAUAACAACGGGAUCGCAGAUAUUUCAAACUUUUCGUUUCUUCUCUACAUUCGUGACCGCAUUGUUGACGCUCUACGGGACCAUUUCAGCAUCGUGACGCCAAUGCGUCAGAAGAAGAAAAUAGUUGAGCCUCCUCAGGAAAUUUCUGAUAGAUAUAAUCCGUUUGACUAUGAGUGGCUGAGCGGAACAGUUGUCUCUGGAAAAUAUCACUUUCCAUUCAUGAAAUUUCUCGCUAUUGACAGAAUGCAGCAGCUUGAACUUUCCUACUAUCGUGCUGUCAUUGUAGCUUCUAAACGAAAGGAAGAACUUGGCUUUUUGAAGAAUCUCCGAAUUCCAUUCCCACAAUCAGCUGACAACGCGAACUUGCUUGACAAAGCACUUCAAACCAACGAGACAAAGCUUCGCCAAGACUUUUGCAGGAUUUUGAAAAUCUUGAAGAAAGAGAGAGGCCUUGACAAGACAAGGGCAGUAUUGUAUAUCCAGAAGAUGGAGCAAUUUAACGAGUUGUGUGGUGUUGUGCGAAAUAAGAAGAAGAGCACCAUGGAUCAAAUCACUCAUUGUGAACCUUUCAACAUUAAACCAAAGCUUCGUUUUAUUGCGGUCAUGGCUUCGAUUGACGCAUUGUUGCUUGUUAUUCAGAGAGUUUAUGCUCUAUUCGUUGACAAGGAAAAAGGAAUAUAUGGCGAAUGCGUGCCAGAAUCGGUAUUACUCACAGCGGCACAACUUCUCAAAAUCACGACAGUGGAGCGUUGCCGAAAUGACGACAUGGACAAGGAAAUCUCUGGAAAACUUGAAGUUCUUCGAGUCAAAGUACACAAUGCCGUCAAAAAUUUCUACAUUAAGAAAGAGUCUAUCAACCACGGCGUUUUUGUCGAACCGGAUCACGAUGAAGCUGCAUUGAAAAAAAUCAGAUUUGAGUUGACCAUUUCGGAAAACGAAUUCCCUCCCAUUGUGAUGCACCAUGCUUCUCGAAUGUUGUGGCAUCUGAGACAACAAAAAAAGGAGUUGAAACGUUUGAAUAAGGAAAUUCAUUUCGCAAAAGCUGCCGAACUUUUAUGGCCAAAGAUAGAUGGAGUCAUGUUCCAGCUGAACAAAGUACCUGGAAUCUGUGCCUUCGUUUCAAACUUUGACGAUCAUGUUGAUCGAGAAAAAGUGAAGGAAGUAAUUGCCGCAUCAGAACUCGACUGGAUGAACCCUGAGCCAGAGUUUCGUGCGGGUGUCGAAAUUAUCAACGGAAUUCAUCAUAUCAUGGACAAGUAUCGCGGCGUACCACACUGCGUUGAGAUCCGAGCAACAUUGGAAGCAGAGUUCCACGCAGAAAUGCAUUUUCAACGCAUCAAUGGGCAGACUUACAAACAACUUGCGGCUCAGUUCUCGCAGAUUCUCAUUCAAGAAAUUGAUCUCACAAAUUCUAGAAUCAGAUAUCAAACUAAAAUGCAAACAGCUUACCUUGCUCACAGAAUUGCCAGAAUGAUGGCUGGGACUUACAUGGAUUAUGUGUGUAACAACAUGAAGAACCCGCCGUCUAGAUGCCGUGUAAGAACUCCAACACCAAUUCCAGAAGACGAUCUUCCAGAAGACACAGCUGAAGGCUCCGAAGAGGGUAGAGAAUCUGAAGAGACUGGCUCGGAAACCGGAUCGGAUUACGCAACAGAUGAAGGACCAAAUGUCGGACGUCGUCGGGUUAGACGAAAUGUAGAAUUGGAAAGCGAUGAUGAUGAUGAAGAUGAAGAGGAAGAUGAAGAAGAGGAGGACGGCGUUGAGCGUCAAUUUGAUCCCGAGGAGGCCGCCAGAGUUGCAUUCCUUCUCAAUACGUUUUCUAUGAAUGGAAAUGUCAUCUUCGUGGAGAAUGAAGGUGACGUAGAAGACGAUCGCGUUCCAGAUGACGUGAUUGAUAACUUCAUUCGCAAUGUUCGCAGAGUGCACAUGGAGCCGGAUAUGUCUGCACCAUAUUUGAAUAUCCCACUUGAUUAAUAUCUUUUUUCGCUGAUUGAAUAUCAUUUUGUUUUUGUUCUACAUUCUUUUGUUUCCUCAAAAUCUCAUCACAACGUAUUUCAUGCUCAAAAAAUUUACCAUAAUUCCCCACGAAAUUUGUAGACGUAUAAUUUUAUCGGAUACCACAUUUCCAAACUCAUCAUACACCCCCAUCUUCAAAUGUGUCUAAUUUUAUAUUGUCCGGUUAGGCUUAUUGAAACCAAAGACCUAGUGAGCUUUUUAUUAUCAUUUCCUCUUUUGUUCCAUACUCUUUCCCAUUGUUUCAUGACAACAUCCAUUGGUCAACGUUCCAAAGUGUUUGGCGCACUGAAGUACGAUUUACGAAUCAAGUUUUUGGUACCCCAAAAAUGAUUUGUUAUUACUUUGAAAUAGAAUGCAAAAAUAAAUUUAUUACGUCGGAAAUUCAUAA